CGUUGAACCGUGGGCGCUCACCUCGAGUCGGGGUGCCCGAUGUAGCCGAGCUGUCCGUGGAGUCGCUGUGCGGCAAUUGAAAUCGCGAUGUUGUAGGGGCAAAGAAGAUUGUCUUCGUCUCCUCCCAUUUCCCUCUAUGUUGCUCCCCAGACGUUUGCUACUACUGGUUUCUUCGGUCUGCCUCGGUGCAUCAGCUCAAGACCGAUCUCAGUCCGUUUUCGUUGCCAGCUCGGGGCCCAAAUGCUGCGAUGCUCUCCGUGCUAAGCUACCAUCUAUAGUCUUUGCACGUGGUACUCCCGAAUACAAUACUCGUCUCUCCACCUACUAUCUCCUCCAACAGCAGGAACUGUCCCCUACCUGCACAGUCAGACCCAGCUCUGCCUCGGAGGUUUCGCUCAUCGUGAAGAUCGCUAAGGAUAGCCAAUGUCCAUUUGCUGUGGCUUCUGGUGGUCAUAUGGCGUGGAAGGGAUCAUCGAACAUCGACGAAGGGUUCGUCGUAGACCUCAGAGGGAUGAACCAGAUUGAUGUCUCAACCGAGGACCAAACGGUCAAGUUAGGGCCUGGUUCACUUUGGCAAGAAGUCUACAAAGUCAUGGCCCCGUAUAACGUAUCGACUAUUGGCGCAAGACUCAAUGCUGUCGGAGUCGCUGGAUACCUUUUAGGCGGUGGCAUAUCCUUCGCGUCUGUUGACAAAGGCUUUGGUGCAGAUAGCGUGUACAACUACGAGGCGGUACUUUCGGAUGGACGCAUAGUCGAAGCGAACAAAGAAACAAAUCCGGACCUGUUCUGGGCACUGAAACUGGCUGGCACAAACUACGCUAUCGUCACCCGGUUCGACAUGUACACUUAUCAUUCUCCUACGCUCUGGGGAACUCUGUCCGUCUACCCGUCCACCUCGCCAACGACAUCAGAACUUUUCGCGGAGUUCGAGAAAUACGCUCACGACGAAAAGAACAGGAAAGAUAUGAAAGCCGUGUUUCUCAGUUACAGCAACGGGAUAGAUUUAACUAUGACCGCUCAAACCAAUCUCGAUUCCACUCCUCUUGCUAGCAUGUCGUCUGCUGAACCUAUCAUGCACCUGGAGAAGGUGGGGACCACUCAUGACGUUGUAGAUGAAGUAAUUUCAAAUGCAGCCGAGUCUACCGCCCGGACAGCUUGGCAUGUGUUGACGACGAAAGCUGAUACAGACUUUUUCAUGGAUCUGUAUGCGAUGGGGAAAACGAUUUUCGAGUCUUUGAAAGACCGAAAAGGGCUUACGAGAACUUUCAAUUUCCAAGUGUUCCAGAAGAGCUUCAUUGAGGGAGCAGUUCACGGUCCGACCUACAACGCACUAAAGCGAUCAAACGAUGAUCUCGUUUGUAUUGUUAACUUUAAUGCCUGGGAGGACCCUGCGGAUGAUGCCGCAAUGAAGGAGGCCACCGACGCCCUUGGGGAUUGGGCCGAAGCCGAGGCUCGUAAGCGUGGUAUACUGGACGACUUCAUCUAUCUCAACUAUGCGAGUGAGCGGCAGCCUGUGUAUGAGCGUUCUGUUACGCCCGAAGACUUGGAUAAGAUGCGGGAGAUUCAAGCGAAGUAUGAUUCGGACGGAACUUUUGAAAAGUUGUGGAAGGGCGGAUUUAAAAUACCAAAGAAGGGUGGUGGUGCAUUGGCAGGGGCUACCCACCACGAUGAGUUGUGAGGUACUAUCAUCUUAGAUUUGGUCUUCUUCCUGUCAUCAACCAGGCAAACACAUCGAUAUAUUUGACCGAUUUGGAAUAUUCAGCUUUUGGGAUUGCAUAGCCUAAUGACAGAAAUAUUUGAAUCAAUAGUCGAAAUCAGGAUUACGGCAGGC